UUAAUUACAUUUUGUUCAGUGCUACGUUUCUACUUUUGUCUGGAUGGGUCUUCUCUUCUUCUACUUUCAUCAUCUUAACUGCAGCAAUGUUCUCUCAUUGGUUGUAAUAUUUGUAGAAAGUUUGGUGAACGCCAUAUUCUGCUUUAUCGCUGUGUACUUUAACGUAAAGAACAGACCUCAUCACACCAUUUCAAGGGAGGAGGCUAAGGAGAUGCUGAAGAGACUGGAGGUUGCUGUUCCGGAGGUGAGGUUGCAGUUCUACAGUAUUAACGCGGUCAAGUAUGAACACCAGUUUAUGCCGGAGGAUUGGUUUGAUGAACCUCAGGAAAACUAUCUUCAGCUGGAGAAACUGUUAGAUGAGAACUCAGAGUUUGUUGCCCUGCUCAAACUAGAGGUUCGUCCAUCAGAAAAUAAGAAUGCCGAGGAGUAUAGAAUGGUUCUUUACAGGUUUGCAGAGAAGUGUUCCUUCAAUAUGAACAAUAUCCAGAUUCUUAGUAUUGUAGAAAAACAAGUUCCAGCUUUAUCCAUAGCACUCACUAGCCACCAUUCUACUAGGUUACUAAUCGUAAAUGAUCCUGAGCAAAAGCAAAGCCGCUUCUCCUGGAUUUUCACCAACAUACUCUGCCCUUAUUUCGGAACCUUCAGAAAUUUCCUUCUGAAAGAUCAAUGCAUAAGACUCAGCGUAGUGAAAACUCUGAAAUAAGUCUUCCAUGGAGAAAACUUCAAUAGUGUCAAAUAAAAAACUAAAAUUUUUUUCUGAAA